GGGGUGGGGGGUGUUGCAGCUGCUGUCCCACUCGGCGCUGCGGAGCCCGUGUUAACUCAUCAUCUGGGUUCCGACUGGGAAGACUUAAAAAGAGAAAGAAAGAAAAAAGGACCAGACUUGUCAACACCUGAGAGGAUCGAGCGAAGGUAAGACGCAGCGCAGAGAUGAAGCCCCGUCUUCUGGGCGGCGGCAGGACAACCAGGAGACUUUUGUCGGCUUGCCUCAUCUCGGCGUGCCAAGCCCUGCACAGCUGCGGGGGAGUCAAGUGCGUGGAUGGCCACCAGUGCUGCCUGCUGCCCGUCCCCGGGAACGGCAGCUCCGGCUCCGCGGAGAGCUGCUGCAAGCUCCCCAUCCAUGUCUUCUUCGACAACGUCGGCUGGUUCACGCGGAAGCUGUCGGGCAUCUUGAUCCUGCUGCUGCUCUUCGCCAUGGGCUACUUCAUCCAGAGGAUCAUCUGCCCGCGGCCCCGCCACCGGAACCAGAACCAGGAGCACGCCGAGGAGCCUUCCCUCUUCCACGGACCCACGUCGGCGUCCCAGGAUCUCCUCCUGGAGCCCUACCCGGAGUGCACCCUGGGGGACUUCGCCUCCCCGAACCUGCCGGCCUACGACGAGGUCAAGUACCUGCCCACGUACGAGGAGAGCAUGCAGGAGAUGCACCGGGACCGGGACCGCUCCGACGAUGACCUGUUGUCCGGAGCGGAACCGGCGGCGACGGCGUCCGGAGAGCAGGGGCGGGAUGUUCUGGGAGUGAGCCCCGCAAGGACAGCUCGGAACUCGGUGUGAAAAGAGAGCAGGAACCGGACAAUGAACUGCCUGAUAGUAUUGCUAAUUUAUUAUUAUAUUAUUAUCAUCAUCAUCAUCAUCGUGAGGGGGGUGAAGGAGGUUUCGCAGAGAUACAAACUCAAGUGCAAUUAUAAUCCUGAUUGUAAAGAAUAAAGGAGGCUGAGAAUGUAAACGUGUUUUGGAAGAUAAAACGUGUCUGCUCGCCUUUUUGUAUGCAAAUGCCGCCUCGGCAGGGGGGAUUAGAGAGGCGCCUUGAACCGGUGCUCAUUGUGUUGACGGGACAGCUAAUUUGGUUGCGGGACAAUCACAUUAGGUUUUCGCGGCACCAUGAAAACUUUCUCGAAAAUGUGACCUUUUAUUUCCAUACAUUCUGAAUAUUUAGGGGUUCGGGGGUUUGCGACCACAUGGGGGAAAAAAACACUUUCUCCUCAAAGUUGAAUGUGGACGGACUAAAGUGAGGGAUUCAUCUGCAUCUGGGAUACUUUCAGUUAAAUGAUAUCUUAUCAGCAUGAAAGCAAUAGUCCGUUCAUUUUCACAUGGUAGCCCAUAGAUAAGCGCUUUAUGGGUAAUCUGAACCGUGUUUCAUGUGUUUGCUGACAGAUAAGCCGCGACAAUAUAUAUAGAUUUUUUUUUAUUUAAAAAAAGCUCAAAUAUAGCAGCAUUUUGUAGCCUGGAGUUGCAUGAAUUCAGGGGGCGGCAGAUGUUGCAGCCUGCAGGCUGAUAGGUGCAUGUUGGCAGGAAAUGUGAAAAUGGGUGGCAAGAAAUGCUGCAAUCAGAUCUAAUGUAGGGAGCAUUUUAAUAAGUUAGAAUAUCGUGUAAAAGUUCACUUCAGUCUUUCAAAUAGGUCUCAAUUAUGUGUUAAAUAGAUUCAUUACAUACAGCAUAUUUCACGUAAUCUUUAUUGUUA